AUCUCGUUACGCCAUUUUUGUUGGGGAGAAGUCGUGUCAAGAAAAGGAGGAUUAGAUUCAGUACAGGUAUAUCAAACGGUAUCUCGUAUAUUCAUCUCUUCGAGUUGUCCGCAAAAAGGACACUUGCUUGUCCAUCACGCUCACACAAUGUCGUCAGAAAACCUGGACUCGGACACUCAGGUGGACUACGAGGACGAAAAACAGGACUCCCAGGAGAAGAAUGCAAACCCCGUGAAGUCGGAGGAGGCCAAGCUGAAAGCCAAGUACCCCAGCCUGGGCCAGAAGCCCGGCGGCUCAGACUUCCUGAUGAAGAGACUACAGAAAGGGCAAAAGUACUUUGACUCAGGAGACUACAACAUGGCCAAGGCCAAGAUGAAGAAGCUUCCCGUGGCGGGGCCCGACAACAACCUGGUGACCGGCGACCACAUUCCCACGCCGCAGGACCUGCCCCAGCGGAAGUCCUCCUUGGUGACCAGCAAGCUAGCCGGCUAGCCGCCAUCAUCCUAGAAUCACCAUCGCGGGGCUCCCGUCAAAUCUCCCUCCUCCUCACCCCCCAAUAUGUCCCCCCCCCCCUGUCUUCUGUUUUUAUCCCAAGGCGCCACUGGCUUUAACAUGUCGGGCAGAGUUGUAGAAGUUAAAACUCCCAUUUGCUUGUAUGUGGCUGGGGCGGGAGGGACGGAGGUUUAGGGGGGCCCAUGAGGUCGCAGCCUUCUCUGCCUUCCCACCACGCACAGCUCUGCCCCCCUCUGCGCACUCUGCUCUGCCGCCUCCCUUAUGUCUUGGUUUUUCGGUGUUCCAAGAUGCAUCACAGUAGGUGUGUCAUCGGGCAGGGGUUGGAUGGGGUGAGUUAAUGCACUUUGUAGUCUGUAUAGUAGGCGUUGUUCUUUUUUGAUCCUAAAUGACACCAAAAUAAUGCGUGCAAGGGAGUUAGGAACCAUGAUCGCUGCGCGUCCCCCCCCCCGCCCCCCCUUGAUUUUUCCCGUUCCCUAUCUGUGCUGGUGGCUGGCUCUGGCGGGAGGGGUUUGAAAGAUGGAUGUGAAUAAUUGCUUGCAUACCAAAUCUGCGAGGGGCCGCUGCCUCCUAGCUCUUUAGCAUUCACUGACAUCGCAUGGGGAAAUGAACGGAGGCUGCCUUUCAUCUCGUCAUCUGCUGCAGCUCAGCCAAACAGGAAUUUUGAAGCGCCACGCCCCCCACCACCCUCCUCUCUGCUAAUGUUGCUUUAAUUCUUGACUCCCGUUGCUCCUGUUCUCUCUAAAUAUGCUGCACGAUUUGUAACGUAACAAAAAAGAAAUUUUUUCUUUUUUUUUUUUUUUAAACGGGAGUGGGGCGUCAGCUUAGUGAUAGGAAGUAUCAAAACAAACACACGGAGCCCUGAAGCGUCCACAGUCCCACUUCCUUCCUUCCUUCCUUUUUCCUUUCUGCUGUCCCGACAAUCCAUGUACACGCACUCCUGUAAGCAACCCAGGGCAGGAGCCAGCUGAGUAUACCCUUGUAUUAUUUUUUACUGGCUUCAGUCUUAGUUUGGUUGAUGUCGCGGUGCGUCAAGACGUGGGUUUACCAUGCGCCUAAAAGAUUUGUGGGGGUAUUGAAGCACCCGGCGUAGAGUAUAUGCUUCUGUAAAUAAUACACAACCACGCAUCUUUGUGAUAAGCUCGCCGCCUUGAGGACCAGACCGGCUAACCAGCCUGAGAGAAAUGGUAGCGCUAAAUCGAUUUCGGGCUUGGAAAUGAUAUGCUUUACCGACGGAGCCAAAUUUUGUACCGCGGCUCUCAGGCUCAGAGGCCAGUGGGUACACCUCGUCUUUCCAACUGGACCGUCGCUAUCCAAUCAUUUGGCUCACACGAAGCGGACUGCAGUCUGGCUCGCAUGGGUGUUUGGAUCUCGUGGAGGUAUGAACAGUGAUGCGAUGUGAAUUAACUUGCCAGUCAUCUUGUGAAACACACGUCCAAACACCACCAAAAGUUUUAGGAUUCACAAGCGAACACAUGUAUUUUGCCUGGACCGCUAUGUCCGAUCACAAAAGUCCAAUUUGAAAAGACAAAAACAACCUCAGUCCUAGACUUCGUAGUUGUGUGCCCCACAAUGGCGCAUGUCCUGUGAAAAUUGUUUUAAGACAUUUUGGGACAGACCAAAACAAUUAUUCUUAUUCGAGCUGCUUGUUAAAGAUAAACAUUGUGUUUUAUUUCUCAUGUGUUCUUCUAGCACUUCCAGAAUAUAUAUAGUGGUUCCCUUGACAUCUUUCCUUCUUUGGCAUUUGACGUUGUGAAAUACUCACUAACUUAAUUUCAAGAAUAAUACUACUUUGCUGCCCUUAAACCUUAGCUGGAGAAUAGGCCUGCUUUUCCUACCAGCGCCCCGUAGAACUAACUGACACGCUACACAGACUGGUCUUUGAUCUCAGGGGUGUCAGAGGGUGAACAGCAGGCAGCCCGGUAACAACAGGUGUCAGCCCAGCUCCCAAGAUCGUCAUCGCGGGCUUAAAGUGGGACACCGCAUGCCUGCAGGAUGCGCUCACUCCUACACUUGGCAAAGCAGAGAGAGAUUUUAUACCAAAUGGUGCAAGGGGGUGGGCGGUGAGCGCACACGCUCUGCGCUUGAAUCCCACCUGUUAAUGUGGUUCAACCUCUGAAAGAGGGGAACGAUGCGAUCAGCAAAUCUGAGCGGACUUUUUGAGUGUGUGCCAUCCACACGUUCACCAUUUUGAACUGGACGCCGGCGCUCGCUGAGAAAUCAGCCUCCUUGUAUAAAACUGCUUCAGGGAACCUUCACAAAUGCACACUCCACCACGUAGGCUAGGUGAUAGGGUGCAUGCACCAUCACAUUCUCCACCUCACUUUCUUUUUCAUUGAGACUUUUAAAAAUGUGUCAAAUCAGCAGUGGGCGAAAGAGGACUGACCUGUACGUGUGUGCUAGUUACGGUGUUGUAUGAAUGCACUGCUUUUUCUCUGUUCCAGCCAUUGUAAAUAGACUUCAAAAGGAAGGGAUUUUUGCAUUGUAUCCCACCUGCUUUUAACUCCCUCUUAGCCUGAGCUAUUUUCUGAUUCAAUGGUUCCUCUCUCCUUUCAGUUGAACACUACUUCUGCUCUGUCUUAGUGAAUUGCAGAGACUAUGUGAAUCUGUAUCAUAUGAAAAUAUGUGUAAAUGCUGCUGACUCAGUCAAAGACAAAUCUAAAAGAGAUGUUCCCCUGUAAAGGACACCUGUCCUCCUGAUUCUACCACUCUGUUCUCCCCGAGUAUCUCUUGUUUCAGAGUCCUAUAGCUCCUGUGGCAAAAAAUCGACUCAGUUGAUGUAAAUUCUACCACUUCAUUUUAAGGUGCGUUGUUGAAUUUGAUCCGGCUCGAGUCAGAAACGUCUGGAGCGCUUUGUCACUCUGGUUGACAAGAACAGACCAUUUAGCAUCCUAUUGUGUUUAAAAGCCUAAAGUUUCACGCUUUAAAAAAAGUUUGCUUAAAAGAAAUGGGUGAAUGAGCUCCAACACGUUCUACGAAACAACCAUGGACAGGAGUUCUUGAACGCUCCUUGAUUUUUGGCUUUGCACAGAGCGGUUCAACAAGAGGAAAUGGCAGGGUAUGUUUCAAACCCAACACACAGGGUGUCUCGUUCAGCUCUAUAAACACACGCCAGAAUGUAUAAAGGAAUGACUGUGUGCUCUGAAGUACUUUUUGUGCUGCUUUUACCUUAUCUGUUUUCUUGUUGUUUUGCAAGUACAUGUUUCUUCUUCUUUUUUUUCAUGUGUUCUCUUACUGCAUAUUAAGUAUAUUUCAGCCUAGCCCAAGAUAACUGCAGGGAAACCAGAGGCACCCUUGCUUCCAAGAAAGAGGAAAAAAAAAUAAGGGUUUACAUGAUAAAGAGGAUGACUGGAGAACACUUUAAGACUUCAGAAAAUACAGGAAUACUUGGAAUGUUUCAGUUGUGUGGGAGUAGGUGAGAGGAUUUUUGUCAGUAUUUGAAAUAAACUUUUACAUUAAUAAGA